CGUCGAGGCAAGCAACACUUGACUCCGUCGUUGUUGGCGCUUGCUCCUUUCCUUUCUUUUCCCUCCAUCAUCUCGGCCAGCAUGCCAUCUUACGGCAUUGCCCAUUGAUCACCUCCACUCCUCCCCACCACCACCGCAGCCGACAAUGGCGGCCUCGUACGCAUCUGCCCUCUUCUACUACCUCCUCGGAGGCGUCACCUUUCUCCCCCUCGUCUUCCUCGCGGGAUUGCUACACUUCAUCUUCCUCGCGCCAAGAGUGGGACAGUCCAGCCAAGCAGAGCUGGCAAGAGAACAAGGCGAUGGCGAUACCUCUCUGACUCUAGGAGAAAAGGCAGCCGCUUUGGAGGUGGCGUCGCAGAAUGCUCAAGCGCAAGCGGCUCACGCAGAGGCCGACAAGCAGGGCGUGGUGGGCGUAGGAGCCGCAGACGUGGGGAUGGGACAAGGGCUCAAAGGAUUACCCGCUGGAGCUAGGCGGAUCCCUGCGACAGGCACGGGACUGCCGGCUAAGCCCCAUCGAUCCGGAUGGCUCGUCGUCAGGAGACAGUUUGCUCAGCUUCCCGCUGUACCUUCUGCAUCGGGCUCGCAGUCGAUGGGUGCGGCUGGAGAGGCGGGAAAGGGAGCCAAGGGAGCGGGUAGCAAUGCUGCGGCUGGAAAGUCGACGGGAUAUAUGAGUGCUAUGUACCGCGGCAUCCUCGACUAUCGUGGCAGCAAGCGCGGCGUAGAGCACGAAGUCGCUCCAACUGCCUCCUCCUCGUCCACCUCCUCUCCACACGACUCACGCAGCGUCUCCCCCGCCCCCUCGAGCAGCAGCAUCCCAGGCCCCUCCCAGGCCCCACCGACAAGCUCGCGCAACCCAGCCGCACCACACGAAACCUUCUACUGCAUCCUCAAAGAGCCCGUCCUCUUCCUCUAUUCCUCCUCCGACCCCAACAAUGCCGAAUGCCUCGCCGCAAUCGACCUCCGCGGCAAGCGGGUCAGCAUCUGGGUCGCGGGCGAGGGAGACGUAGAGGAGAACGAUUCUGCCGCCCCUCGCAUCAAGGACGGGGAACUCUUCCAGAAGCGCAACGCUGUGCGCAUACUGGCGCCGGGAAGUGCGAGGACACAGUGGUUCGUCUUCUUUAGGAGCGCGACCGACUUUGAGGAUUGGUAUCAUGCGCUCUAUUACGCUUCGUUGCUGCCUACAAGUAGCAGCGCGAGCGCGAAUGGGGCAGAGUGGAAGGACCCGAUCGAAGCCGUUUUCGGCAAGGAGGACAUGAUGGCCCUUCUGACCUCGUUGGACUCCCUGCCGGACCCUAUCCCUUUGAGAUGGCUCAACGCCAUGGUGGGAAGAAUCUUCUACUCAAUCUAUCGCACCUCCUGGCUCGAAGACUACAUCACCCACAAGCUCACUCGCAAGAUCUCCCGCGUCCGCACCCCCGGCUUCCUCUCCGAUGUGCGCGUCCGCGAAGUCUCGCUCGGGAGCACCCCUCCAGCCUUCUCUCGUCCGAUGCUCAAAUCCCUAACCGGGGAAGGCGAAGCGAGCAUGGAAGUCGCGGUGCACUAUCGUGGCGCGCUCCGCCUCACCAUCAGCACCGUCCUCACCAUUUCGCUCGGGAGCCGCUUCAAGCCCUACAAUGUCCCGCUGGUCCUUGCUGUCGUGCUCACCAGCCUGGAGGGCAAUCUGCUCCUCCAAGUCAAGCCGCCGCCGAGUAAUAGGCUGUGGUUCGGGUUUACACACUUGCCCAAGAUGGAGGUGGAUAUCGAGCCUGUGGUGUCUGAGAGGAAGGUGCAGUGGAGCAUGGUUAAGCGGAUCAUCGAGGGGAGGAUCAAAGAAUUGAUGAUCGAAAGCGUAGUGGUGCCUAACAUGGAUGAUCUGCCGUUUUAUGAUACGAGGGGAGGG